UAAAUGGUCUUUCAUGUGCAAUCCGUUUAUCGAAUGCCUUUCCAAACACAGUCAUACAAAUAAUGGCGGAGGAUUAUAGUCCAAACACAACAAGUAAUAUCGCGGCAGGUUUGUGGGGACCAUAUCUUUUGGGACAAAAUGCCGAAAAACUCUGUAGAACGUGGGCACAAGCUACACAUGACUAUUUCCAUAGCUUGUGGAUAGGCGGACAAGCGGACCAAUGUGGAAUAUGCUUGGUUCCCGUUCUAGAGGUUUCCGGCCAUCAUGAACCAACUCCAUGGUGGCAUGAUAUUGUAUUUGGGUUUCAGAGGCUUUCACCAGAAUCACUACAACAGCUUACGAACGAGCAUAAGCCAAUUAAAGAUUACGCGACAGGAUUUACUUAUUCCACAUUCACGUGUGAGCCUACAAAACUGAUGAAUUUUUAUCACCACGUGUUAAUGAUGCAAACAAAUGUAUCUUUCCACAAGAAGAAACUGUCGACAAUGAAAUGUGUGGAUAAUUUGGAUACAGACGAAAAUACCCUGAUUAUCAAUUGUUUCGGUUUAGGUGCCAAGACGUUUUCAGAUGAUCCCGACCUGACACCGAUACGCGGCCAAGUGCGAAAAAUUGAAACACCUGGAAUAUUCCACUCUUUUUCCAACGAUUACUGCUACAUUAUUCCCAACACAGAUUCGAUAACACUAGGCGGAACGAAACAGUAUAGUACUGAUACGCGAGUGUGUCCAUUAGAUCGAAACUCGAUUAGAAAAAACUGCGAAAUGGUUGUGCCUUCAUUGCAACAUGCAACUCUCGUCAAAGAUGUGGUGGGCUUGCGUCCAUUGAGAUCAACUGGUGUACGUUUACAAAUGGAAUCUUUUCAUGGGUUCUCCGGAAGAAAAACUAUUUUACAUAACUACGGGCACGGCGGAGCCGGUAUUUCUCUCGCCUGGGGAUGUGCAGGAGCUGUAGUACAGCUGAUAGAGCAAUGGGAAAAUAAUUUUGAAGAUGUUCAAUCUAAGCUUUAGAUCCAAUAAUCUGACAACGAAGUGGUGCGAGACCCCACUGGAAUGGUCACUUAUACUUCCGCAGUGAUUAAUUGCCCUUGAAUGCAUAAUCGGCAUGCGGAUGAGUGUUAAAAUCACCAUAAGUUGUGCGAUAAGGUUCAUCUAUGCCGGGUAUA